AUGACAGAAAACAGCACCGUGACUGGUACAGAAAACAGCACCGUGACCCGUACAGAAAACAGCACCGUGACCCGUACAGAAAACAACACCGUGACUGGUACAGAAAACAGCACCGUGACUGGUACAGAAAACAACACCGUGACUGGUACAGAAAACAACACCGUGACUGGUACAGAAAACAACACCGUGACUGGUACAGAAAACAACACCGUGACUGGUACAGAAAACAUCACCGUGACUGGUACAGAUAACAACACCGUGAUUGGUACAGAAAACAACACCAUGACUGGUACAGAAAACAGCACCGUGACUGGUACAGAAAACAACACCGUGACUGGUACAGAAAACAACACCGUGACUGGUACAGAAAACAGCACCGUGACUGGUACAGAAAACAACACCGUGACUGGUACAGAAAACAACACCGCGACUGGUACAGAAAACAGCACCGUGACUGGUACAGAAAACAGAACCGUGACUGGUACAGAAAACAGCACCGUGACUGGUACAGAAAACAGCACCGUGACUGGUGUAAUCUCGUUCUUUAUUCUAUAUUUGUGA